AUGUUCUCUAAGGCUAUCAUUGCUACCGCCCUCCUCGGCGCCGUCUCCGCUCACCAGAACUUCCACCAGUUCUGGAUCAAUGAUGAGACACCCGGUUACCAAGUCGGCAUCCGCAUGCCCCCCUCCAACAGCCCCGUCACCGACGUAAAGUCUGACGACAUAGCCUGCAACGUCGAUGGCUCCAAGGUUCCCUCCGGCGUCGAGACCGUCGAGGCCGCUGAGGGCGACUCUAUCAAGGUCCAGUGGGACUCCUCCGGCCACCCCGGCCCCAUCACCCACUUCCUGUACGGACCCGUCGACGACGCGUCCCAGGCUACGGGUAUCGGUGCCGGCUGGUUCAAGAUCGACGAGCAGGACCAGGUCGAUGGCAAGUGGGCCAACGAGAUCAUGCAGGCAGCCAACAUGACACACGAGUUCAAGCUGCCCACCGGUCUUGCUAGCGGAGAGUACCUCCUCCGUUCGGAGAUGCUUGCGCUUCACGGUGCUCAGACCGUUGGUGGUGCCCAGUUCUACAUUGGUUGCGCUCAGCUCAAGAUCACCGGCACCGGCAGCAAGGGCGCCUGCGGCCCCACCAUCUCGCUCCCCGGCGCCUACAAUGCCGAGGACGACGACAUCUACAUCCCCAACGUGUACAACGGCUUCGACGCGUCGACCUACACCGCCCCCGGUGGUCCUGUCGCUACCUGCGGUGGCUCUGGCAACUCUACCCCCGCUACCUCUGCUGCUUCUAACGGCACCGCUAUUGCUACCCCUACCGCCUCUGCCUCUGCAGUUCUCUCGGCUCCUGCUGCUACUUCUGCUGCCGCUGAGGAGACCCCUGUUGCGUCCAGCGCUGCUGCCUCUGUUCCUGCUGCUACCUCGGCUGCUGCCACAUCUGUCGCUGCUGAGACUCCCGUUGCCAGCGCGACUGCCUCUGCACCUGCCUCUUCUGGCAGUGCUCUGCCUGAGGAGUUCACCCUUGAGACCUUCAUUGCCUGGCUCAAGGAGCAGGCUGCUUAG